AUGUCGCAGCCCGUCAACUUCAGCGAUGGAGCAAAGGAGAUUGUCGGAGACUGGUUCGUCAAGAACGUGAAAAACGCAGUGCAACUGAAGAUGGAGGGCGACGAGGUGCGUUCCGUCCAAUCCUGCUUCGGCGGCCAGCCGGUUGUCGGGAAAGUGCGACAGGGCUCUCACUUCGAGAUGGACAUCCAGAUGGGCGGCUUCCCCAUGAUCGCAAGAAUGACGUCCCGUAGCGACCAGCAGAAGUACCUGGAGUUCUCGAACGGUGGCCUUUGGUCCAAGAACCAGCCGGCCUUCGAGCCCUUGCAAGCUCAAACCGUCAACGGAAAAGUCAACGGCCACGUGAACGGCGUGCAGGAUGGCAUCCUCGGCAUCCCCAUGAGCGAGGUGAAGAAGCACAACAGCAAAGAGUCUGCCUGGGUGGUCCUCCACGGGUACAUCUACGACCUCACCAAGUUCCUUGCAGACCAUCCCGGAGGUGACCAGGUGAUUCUGGACUGGGCCGGCAGGGACGCCACCAAGUUCUGGUCUGCGAUCCACAAGAAGGACUGGAUCAAGGAGUACACGAAGCCGGAGUGGUGCCUGGGGCCUGUUGGCAAGGAGGCGCCCAAUGAGGAGUUGAGGAAAGCCCAGGACGAGAUCAAGGCUUUGAAAGCAGAGCUUGAGCGCCUCACUGCCUUGCCAACGAAGCCCUCGGCCGGCCUCGUGGCCGCGUUGGAUGCUGCAGGCGCCUGCAAACCUGGCGCUGCGCCGAGCUCGGAUGCACCCACGCAUGUGGCCGCGGACUGCCCCUGGGUGGAGCUCACGGGGAGGCGAGUGCUGGUGGUCGGCCACGGGCCGGUGGGACACGACUUCGUCGUGAAGCUGGUUGGCAUGGUGGGCGACGGUGCGCUGGACAUCACCGUGGUCGGGGAGGAGCCGCGGAUGGCCUACGAUCGCGUGCACCUCACGGAGUACUUCGAGCACCGCGACCCCGCCAAGUUGGCCAUCUGUGACAAGAAAUGGUUCCAGGACCACAAGGUCGCCAUCCGCACCAACUGCCGCGCCGAGAAGAUCGACCGCGAAAGCUGCAAGGUUUCGCUGCGAGACGUGAACACAAAUGCCGUGGAAGAGAUGGCGUACGACGCAUGCGUUCUUUGCACUGGCUCAUAUCCCUUCGUGCCUCCUUUGGAGAACUUGAGUGAGAAGACGGUGGGUGUCUUCGUCUACCGCACCAUUGAGGACCUCGAAGGCAUGAUCUUGUUUGCCAAGAAGUCCCGCAAGGCAGCUGUGAUCGGUGGCGGGCUCCUGGGCCUAGAGGCCGCAAAAGCCGUCUACGACUUGAACCAGGAGACGCACGUGCUCGAGAUGGCCCCAUACCUCAUGCCGACGCAGCUUGAUGCUCAGGGCGGCAAGGUCUUAGGAGAGAAGAUCAAAGACAUGGACAUCCGUGUCCACACGGGUGCCCGCCUGAACAAGGUGGUGGUCGAGGAUGGGGUGCUCAAGGGUAUCCGCAUGACCGACGCAGACAAUGCCGAGGAGUACCUGCUGGAGUUCGACAUGUUGGUGGUGAGCGCCGGCAUCCGUCCACGCGACGAGCUGGCGCGCUCGAGCGGGCUGUCCAUCGGCCAGCGUGGAGGCGUCGUGGUGAAUGAUCGCAUGCAGACCAGCGACCCAAAGGUCUUUGCCCUGGGCGAGGUGGCCUGUCACAAGAACCUUUGCUACGGGCUCAUCGCCCCUGGCUGGGACCAGGCCUCCGUCCUGGCCAAGAACAUGGAGUUCGCGACCUGGGAGAUGAAGUCCAAGAACGAGAAGGCUGCCGAGCCACCGCUCUACACGGGUAGCGACCUCUCCACGAAGCUGAAGCUCUUGGGCGUGGAUGUGGCGUCCUUCGGCAGCUCCCUCGACUUCUGGUUUAAGAAGCAGUGCCAUGACAAGGAGGCCAAGGAGCAGGGCUUGACUUCCACGAUGCAGCUGGAUCCCUUCAGCGGCUUAUACCGGAAGCUGGUCUUCCACGAGGAGACCCAGAAACUGAUGGGGGGCCUCCUGGUGGGCAACGCGGACGACUACUUCAGCUUGCUGGGCCUCUCCAAGCAGGAGGACUUGGGCAAGAAGGCUCCGGUGGAUCUCUUCUUGGGCGGCAACUCGGAGGAGAGCGUGGAUGACUUGAAGGACGACGCCAUCGUCUGCCUCUGCCAGAAGGUCACCAAGAAGGACAUCGUCGACGCCGUCAAGGAGCAGGAUUGCAUGACGAUCCCAGACAUCAAGCGAUGCACCACGGCGGGGGCAGGCUGUGGUGGCUGCAUACUUUCCACGGGCUUCGUGCCGAAGAUCCUCAAGACCACCUUGGAGGCUUGCGGCAAGAAGGCCUUCACCGGGAUCAGCCCGAACUUCCCCUUCACGCGCAGGGAGCUCUUCGACAUCAUCAAGACGAAGGAGCUGAAGACCUGGGAGGAGGUGGUGGAGACCUGCGCACGGGUCGGCAAGAUCGCCGACUUGCAGAAGGGCCUGGGAGGCGACGAGGUCUGCAAGCCCGUCGUGGCUUCGAUCUUGGCGUCCUUGUGGCAGGAGAACCCGGUGAAGGACGGCUUGAACAUGUUGCAGGACACCAACGACCGGUUCCUGGCCAACAUCCAGCGCUCCGGCCAGUACUCGGUGAUCCCGCGUGUCCCAGGGGGUGAGCUGACGCCCGACGAGCUGAUCCUCAUGGGCACCGUGGCCAAGAAGUACAACCUGUGGACCAAGGUCACCGGAGCACAGCGCAUCGGCCUCUUUGGCGCCAACGUUUGGCAGCUGCCGGACAUCUGGGAGGAGCUCUGCUACGGAAAGACCUCCUACGCCUCUGCGGAUGGCAAGGUCAUGGCCAAGGUGGAAACCGAAGGCAUGGAGUCCGGGCACGCCUACGGCAAGGCCCUGCGCGCGGUGAAGAGCUGCGUCGGGACGAGCUGGUGCCGCUUCGGCGUGCAAGACUCCGUGGGCAUGGCCAACCGCAUCGAGCAGCGCUACAAGGGCUUCCGUGCUCCGCACAAGUGGAAGAUGGGCGUCUCGGGCUGCAUGCGCGAGUGCGCCGAGGCCCAGGGCAAGGACAUCGGGCUCGUUGCCACCAGCAACGGCUGGAACCUCUACAUCUGCGGCAACCACGGAACCUCUCCCAAGCAUGCCACGCUCUUCAUGACGGACAUCUCUGACGAGGAGGCCAUCAAGUACAUCGACCGGGUGAUGAUGUACUACACCUUCACAUCCGACCCACUCACAAGGACGUCCAAGUGGCUUGAGAACUUGGAGGGCGGCAUCGAGUUCCUCAGGGAGGUGGUCGUCGACGACAAGCUGGGCAUCUGUGCGGAGCUGGACGCGCGCAUGGAGUCCCAGGUCGGCAGCUACGAGUGCGAGUGGAAGCGCGUGGUUGACACCCCGGAGCUGCGCAAGAAGUUCCGGCAGUUUGCCAACGUCGAGGACAAGAAGUACGGGGAUUUGGAGUGGAGCCAGCAACGUAAGCAGAAGAAGAUUGCAGUGGAAGACCUGCCCACUGUCAUUGGACCAGCAAAGAUCGGCAAAGACAAGGCUGACGCCUCCUGGCGAUGGGUCGACGUCGGUGAGGAGGGCCUCUUCCCGGCCAAUGCUGGCUUUGCGGUCAAGGUGGGCAACUCGGAGCUGGCGGUGUACAACCACAUCGCCAUUGGCAAGUGGUACGCUACUCAGAACUCCUGCCCCCACAAGCAGCUGCAAGUGCUCUCCCGCGGAAUGAUCGGCUUUCAAGGCGAUGUGCCCAAGGUGGCUUGCCCCAUCCACAAGAACACCUACAACCUGGAGACCGGGAAGGGCAUCAGCAACGCGGGCCUGAACCUGGCCACCUUCGACGUCAAGUUGGAGAGUGGCCGCGUGCUCCUGCACCUCCCUCCGGACGACGUCUUGGACAAGGCGCUUGCCCGCCAGGACCCCAAGGGCAACUCCGACUGCUCAUCUUCCUGCGAGUUGCCAAAGGAGCUUCAGUGGUAA